GCAGGUGCCAGUCGUUUUCUCCUCCUCGCGGACCCGCGCCACGAGCUGCAAGCUGAAGCCCCUCGGCAUGACGCGCCGUAGGCAGCGCCGCGAGGGCGGCUCGGCGGGAGGCAACGGCGAGAGGGACAACGAGGCUCGCUCAGAGCGGAUUGUGGUCUUCGAGAAGACCAAGAUUUGCAAGUUCCACAUCAUGGGGAUCUGUACCAAGGGCGACGGUUGCCGCUUCGCGCACGAGAGAACGCAGCUGCAGACGCUGCCUGACCUGUCCUGCACGAAGCUGUGCAAGACGCUGAUUGCCACUGGUGUGUGCAACAACGAGUCCUGUCGUUACGCCCACAACAAGGAGCAGCUCCGCGAUAUGCCCGACCCGUCGACGAAAUUGCCCUUGAGCUCUUUGGAUGGCGUGUCCAACCAGCAGAGCAUCAGCUCUCAGCAAGCUGCAUAUGCAAUGCAAGGCACUGCAGUGGAUCCGCUGGCGCAGGCAGCUGGCGGCGGCGCGAGCCUGGUAGCGGGCACGGGUCCGUACGGGAUGGUGAUCGGCCAGCCGAUGCCGCAGGGGGCGAUGCAGGGCCAAGGACCCGUGAACCCCUCUCUCAUGCAGGCCGCGAUUGUGCAGAUAGGACAGGUUGCUCAGGCUCACGCGGCGGAAGCGGCUCGGUUGCAGGCGAUGGCGCAGACCCUCAACGACGGCUCUCAGCAUCAGCAGAUGCCCGCGGCCUCGCCGCAGUUUUUCACCGGCCACGGUGGUGGGACGGACGUGGCCAAGCCGCGGAACUUGGUGCAGAUCGCACAGCGCAUCGAGAAGAGCGCCCUAUCGUCAGGCGCGCCGGGGCCGCACUGCGACAGCGGGUACGGGCGCACCGUGAGCGGGGCCACGGGGAGCACGGCGGCCGGCAGUCAGGACGCCGACGUGGACGCUGCGGACGAGGGCGGCGGCCCGCGGCUGCCUGCGGCGCAGGGGUACACGGACACGGAGUACCUCGAGGCUGCCCUCGCGGCCGCGGCUGGCGCCCCGCUGGUGCACCGGCUCGGUGGCGGGCCAGACCUCGGCUACGAGCGAACGGGGGUUGGCCUCCAAGAGCUCGCCCGGACGCCCCCGCCGUUCGUCUGGAAGGCCACUGCCCCCAAGUGGUGGCGCUCGGACCAACUGGAGAGUUUCCUGGCCGGAAACGGUUGGACAGAGCCGCAGGUGACCGGCGACCUGGGGCACGGUGUCUGGAGGUUCCGCGCCAAGGCACGCCCCACGGACAGCACGUCUUACAUGUGGGAGGGCGCCGACCAGUCCGAGCGGAUCACGGCCCUCCCUAUGCCGAGGAAGGUCAAGCAGGAGAAUGUGGGCAAGCAGCUCCGCCGCCCAGCGCUCCCCUGGCUGGAUGACGACGACGUCAAAGACGCUGACGACGUCACCAUGGGCGACGAGGACAGGAAGGCCCCGGCGGCGGCCCCCGGGGGCUCCCCCGCUCAGGAGCCGGCCGCGGGCGGCAGGGGCGCCACUGCACCGCGCGAACAACAGCCUCCGACGGGCACCAAGCAGGGCAAGGGCACGGGAGACGGCGACCGGGUCCGCAAGCGGCUCAAGCUGAAUGGCAACAGUGUCAUCAAGGACAAGACGUGCAUCCUCGACAGCUACGAGGUGGUCGAGACCGGCGGCCAGGGUGCAUGCGGCUACUGCGCGGUGGUGGGCUCGGGCAGGAUGGCCAAGGACAACGCGGCCGACCUUAGCACCCAGGAGGUGCUAGACAAGAUCAUGAAAGAGGCCGGCACCCUCCGGGCCGCGAGCCACGCGGGACGUUCUUGGGCCGAACACUUGAGCACGCGCGCUUACACGACUUUCUGGAUGGACGAGCUGCAGAUCACAGCGACCGCGGCGCGGCUCAAGCGCAUGAUUACGGUCGUCUACCGGGGCGACAAGAACUUCUGGGCCAGGAGGACCCUGGGCGAGCAGUUCCGCAAGAAGGGUUGGUUCGUCCUGACGCUCGUGGAUGAGCACUUCCAGGCU